UUUGGCAAUUAAAAAUCUGUCACACAAUGACUUUUGUAAGAACCAUGGAUAUCUUUACAAUACAAAAAUAAUAUUUAUACAAUAAAUAAUAUAUUAACAAUGACUCCGUUCGCAAUAUGUUUCCUCGAUUAAGUUAAGAAAGAUGUAUUUCUCACCAACCAUGCAACCGAAUUUUUGCUACGGCACAGGACCUCAAAAUACUGUUCAAUAUAUACCCUUUCAGCCACCUGUGCAGAACGUUCAAAAUCCAGAAAUUAUAGGGGAGGGAGAUUUAACAUCGAUCAUCCUACCCAACGGUAGUGUUCAAUAUUUCUUUAUCCCAACAAUAAAACGCGAUGUGUGGGCACCGUGCGCGUUUUCUCCCCCCACGAUGAACGUCAACUGGAACUUAGCUUCGCAAGCCUGGUUUAUACGAAAUAUUUCGAAUCCGAUAGCGCCAUCUUUCUGUUUCGGUCAGCAAUAUUUGAGACCGUAUGGGGAUCCCUUUAAUCCAAACAUAAUGCCUUCAGAUUGUAAUACAAACACGCCUGCCUUAGGCUACAGCAAUAUGUUCCACUACGAUAGAUGCACAUCGACCUCAGACCUUCGACAUUUUAGUCCAAGAGUAAGUUCGUGCCAUCAACAGACGUCCGCUGUGCAAAUCGUGUCCGCCCCCGCCCCGCCCCAUGACCCGACCUGUCUCUAUGAGGUGGUGUGCGGCAAGCCGUGCCCUUGCGGCGUCACCAGCGGAACUACUAAAUACUGCCAAGAUGAUUCCCAGAAGGAGCCAGAGCGCGUGGCCAGUGCCAUGUCUAUCGAGGAAAUGGACCGCAAAGAUUGCUGUGAAUGCCCGCCGAAGACUAAAAAUGUAGAUAAAAGUGUAGCCACAAUACGUGAAUCAACUUCUGAAGAAGAUAGCGAAGAGAUAACGAUUCCUGAAAAAACUAAAGUACGAGAGACAAACAAAAUGAAGACUUUGUCAAAGGAAAGGAGCAUUUCGAAGAGCAAAUCGAAAGAAAAGAGUUCAAAAAUAGAUAGGAAGCCAUCACCCAUUGAAGUAAUAAAAAAAGAUAAAGGCAGUCAACAUGAUACAAAUAUAAAAAAAUCGAGCUAUCAAAAAUUGGGAAAGGGCGAGGACUCGAGUAGUUCGGAGAAAGAAAAGGUGGGCAGCGACGAGCUUAAGCCAAAGAAAGAAGGAAAAGGUGAGAAGGAAAAGAAAAAGCGUGUGAAAUGUCACUGCGAGGAAGUUAGUGACGAUGAUAAUUUAAAGAAAAAUGGUACAAUAAUAAACGACUCAUACAGAUUUCGGAUUCAUUGA